AUGGAGCUGAGGUGGUACAGGAGCCGGCCCUCGCCCGCCGUGUACCUGCACAGGUGCAGAGCACAGGUGUCCAGAGAGCAGAUGGCAGAGUACCAGGGGAGGACGACUUUCCUGGGUGACCACCUGGCCAGGGGCGAGGCUGUGCUGAGGAUUCACAACGUCACCGUGUAUGACAACGGGACCUACCACUGCCUCUUCAGGGACGGGGAGCCUCACAGCGAGACCACCCUGGCGCUGCAGGUGGCAGGGCUGGGCUUGGAGCCCAGAAUCCAUGUGACCGAGGACCUGGACAAGGGCAUCCGAGCCGAGUGCACCUCAGCAGGCUGGUACCCAGAGCCUCACGUGGAGUGGAGAGACUUCAGGGGGCGUGCAGUGCCAGCUGUGACCCGUUUCUCAGCCUCAGCCACCACCGGCCUCUUGGCUGUGCUGUCCAGGGUGGCCGUCCCAGACAGGAGCAUGGGGGGUCUCACCUGCUCCAUCUCCAGCCCCCUGCUCCACGAGAGGAAGGUGGCUGAGAGCCACCUGCCCGAACAGGCUGGAGACCUGGUGCCCCUGACUCAGAUCCUGCAGCAGGGCACAGGAAGAGGGACUCUCAUCCCGAUCCGGGGGUCUCUGCCUCUGCCCGACCUGAACCGGGAAGAGAGCGAGGAGCAGCCGGAGAAAAGGAGGCAGCAGGAAGAACAGGAGCUGGGGCCUGGAGCCGGCCGCGACAGGAUUGAGCCAUUCCAGGUGAGUCCCUCGCUGGACCCCGCCACAGCCAGCCCCAAGCUCUCCCUGUCUGAGGAUCAGAAGAGUGUGAGGCGGCUGCUCUCCGACCAGGACCUGUCCCCCAGUGCCAGCAGGUUUGACCAGGACCCCUGCGUGCUGGCCCAGGAGCAGUUCUUUGCCGGGCAGUACUACUGGGAGGUCGAGGUGGGGGACAGGAAGGCCUGGAUGCUGGGCGUGUGUCUGGGCAGUGUGGGCCGGGAGGGCAGGGUCCCCAAGGCCCCCCAGCACGGCCUCUGGGCAGUGGAGUUUUACAAGGGGCGACUCCAGGCCCUGACCUACCCCAGGACGCAGCUCCGGCCUCCCCGGCGCCUCUGUCAGCCAAACUCCUACCCCUAA